AUGAGUGCAGGCCUGCUGGGUGGAGCAUUCGGGGGAGUAGCUGCAACGGCAGGCACGGCCGUAGCAGGGGCGGGUGCAGCAGGAGGCGGCACAGCAUUGCUGGGUGUGGCAGGAGAGGGAGGGGCGGGGGGUGAGCUGGAGCAGGGGCAGGGGGGUGCUGGGGGCGACGGGGGUGGGGUGGAUGAUGCAUUGGAUGGGGGGCUGGAUGGGGGGUUGGAUGGGGGGCUGGACGGGGGUUUGGAUGGGGGGUUGGACGGGGGGUUGGAGGAGAGUCUCGAUGGAGGGCUGGAUGCUGGGUGGGAGGAUAAGAACGAAUCGCUGGAUGAGUUUGGUGGGGCUGAUGCGGGGGUGUCCCAUGCCAUGCCUGUGCCCCUGCUGCGGAAACAGCCAAAUGCAGCAGCAACAGCAGCAACAGCAACAACAACAGCAGCAACAGCAGCAACAACAGCAACAGCAGCAACAGCAGCAACAGCAACAACAACAGCAGCAACAGCAGCAACAGCAGCAACAGCAACAACAACAGCAGCAACAGCAGCAGCGAUUCCAGCAACAGCAAGAGCUGCAAAAACGGCAGCAAGAAUUACAGCAGCAAGUGCCUCAGCGCAUGCAGCCAAUGCAAUCGCAGCAGCAACAGAUGCAAUCGCAGCAGCAGCAACAACAGCAGCAGUUCUUACAAGGCAACCGACAGCAGCUGACACCUCAUCAACAGCAACAACAAUUACAACUACAACAGCAGCGGCAACAGCAGCAACAACAGCAGCAGCAGCAGCAACAGCAGCAACAGCAACAGCAGCAGCAACAACAGCAGCAACAGCAGCAGCAGCAACAGCAACAACAACAGCAACAGCAACAACAACAGCAACAGCAACAACAACAACAGCAACACAUGCAGUCCAAGCCAGGCCAACUCCCAUCGCAACCACCCAUGCCUGGAUACGCUCCCUCACACCUGCCCGCUCCCCUGCCUGCAACGGCCUGUAUCCGCCAGCACCGUCGUCCCCCGAGGUCUUGCCACCGCCCAAGCGCAGCAACCCGGACCCGGCGUUGGUGCAACAGGCGCUAGCAAGCGGGGGGGAGGAGCCAGCGGAGCCAAAGGGCAAGCGCAGCCUGCGCUUCUCGCUGCUCACCGCGGGCGUCAACGUCAACGCGCCCAAGAUGCGCGGGCUUACCUUCGUUCGCCUCGACUCCAACCCGCAAGGUGUGAGGCGCAUGCAGCAGCGGCUGGUGAUGAGGGGGCGGCAGAAGGACGAGUGUGUGGAGGCAAUCAUACAGGAGGGCGCCGAUGGUGACGCCGAUGCUGCCGGUGCGGGAGGAGGGGCGGGCGGGUCGAGCAUCUCGCUGCGCCGCGACCAGCAGCUUCCCCUCAUGCCCAACACCGAGUACGCCGAUCGCUUCGCGCGAACCUAUGUUCGAGUGGUACGUGUGUCGCACUCCACCAUGCUGCCCCUCCACCAUGCCGCCCCUCCACCAUGCUGCCCCUCCACCAUGCCGCCCCUCCACCAUGCCGCCCCUCCACCAUGCCGCCCCUCCACCAUGCCGCCCCUCCACCAUAUUUUUUCCACUGGCCCUCGCUCUGGCUUUUUGCUGCUCGCCCUUCCUCUCAUGGGGGAACCUGCGGGCUUGUUCUGA